AUGAAGACUGGAAAAGAAUUCAUUAUAUUUAUUCAUGUAGUGUUAUUUCUCAUAUUAGCACAAAACCUAUCAGCGAUCAAUCCUUUAACACACGAAAAAUGCCACCUCGAGGACUCGUUUUGUUUAACGAAGCAAGCACAAAAAACUUUAAGAGCAUUUCUUCAAGGCAUACCAGAGCUUGGUAUAAAAUCAUUUGAGAAAAUGCACCUUGAUUACAUAGAAGUUAAAAAGAACAAAUUACAUUACCAAAUGUGGAAUACUAUCGUGGAAGGUUUUAACAAUACCAUUUUUGAUGACAUCAGUAUGGAUUUCAAAGUUUUAAGGAUAUCUUUUCACUCGAAUCUGGUAUGCAAUUGUGAUUACAAAUGUGACGGGGAAGUAUAUAGGUUUCCAGUUAUUGGAGAUGGUAAAUCAGAAAUUAAAAUGAAUAAUUUGCAAGUGGAGAUAGUAAUUAGUUUCGAAGUGAUAAAAAAUGAGCAAGGCAAGGAUAUUAUGAAUCUAAAGAGUUUCUUUUACGGAGCUGAUGCUCUGGAUGGCGUGCACCACUAUUUCGGGAAUAUGUUUAAUGGAAAUGAAGCGCUAAGUGUUCCGGCUCAUAAACUGAUGAAUGCCACCUGGAGGACCUUGGUAGCCAACUAUGGCAGAUUCUUCACAAUUAAAAUAGUUGAAGAAAUCUUCAAAGCUAUCAAGAUUUUUAUGCGUUCAUGGCCUUUAGAGGAUUUAGCAAUAUAUACUGAUACAGUAGAAGUUAAAAAUAAUAAAUAUAACUAA